GGAGUCCGGCAGCCUGGAGGUUCUGUGUGACAUGGAGUUCCAAGAGGAUUUUGUGAAGCUGUUCAAGAAGCCUCUGUGCACGCUGCCCUCCGUCGGCCUGCCCACGCUGCUGGCCUACAGACCUGAAUCCUCCCAAGAAAAGCCACAGGCUGAGGCAGAGGAGGACCUUGCCCCACGGUGUGAGUACUGUGGCAGCCUGCUGAAGCCAUUCCCUGCCUUGGAAAACCCUUCUCCUGCCCCUCAGAAUUUCUGCUGUGAGCACCGUCGAGACCUCUAUGAGUUCAUCAUCAGUGAGAGAAGGAACCAUGAAGAUGCCCUCAGAGCUGCUGCUGCUGCUGUCAGCUCCCAUAAACCUGCCAGCACCAAAGCUGAGAGGCAGCUGGCAAAGGACAGAGCCUGCCAAGGGCAGCAGGAGAGGCUGUUGGCCAAACAGUUAUCUUUCCUGGCAGCAGAGACGCAGGGCACAGCUGUGGACUCCAGCCAGGCUGACAGCAUUUCCUACCUGCUGUCUCGGGAGCCCCCAUCGCCCACAGGCCGGACACUGGUGCCUGGUGAGCAAGCAUCAGGGCCUGAGGAGCCCAAGGAGGAGCUAAAGGAGGAGCCCAUCUCCAGCCUCACCUGCUGCGAUUUCACCCUGGUGGGGGGCAAGGUGGUGAAGAAUGAACUGUCAGAAAAAUACUACAGAGACGGGGGGAAAUUCCUCACCACGCUGCCGGACGGAACAGCACAGCUACUCUACCCAUCUGGCAACCUGGCAGUCGUGGUGGUGCGGCACAAAGCCCAGCUGGUCUGCAUCGUGCAGGAGGACAAGCCCAGCAAGGCUAAGAUACAAGCAGUGUUUCAGUCCCGGGGCAGAAGCACCUGCUACUACCCCAGCGGCGCCACCUGGAUAAACAUGGAUCCUCGGGGAGGGCAGUACUUCAACCAACAAGGCAACAGGGUGAGAAGGUGGAGGUGGCCCAGCACACUCAUGCCAUCAGAGCCCCAGGUGCCCCUGAGCCCCAUCUUCAUCUCCCUGAACCAGUACGUGGGGGUCAGGAUCCUGGAGCAGGACAAGAUCAUCAUCUCCUUCCUGGCCAUGGGGAGACAAGUAAAGUUCAACGUGGGAACCAAAGUGCAGGUCAGCAGCUGGCUGCGUCCUCCCACCCCGCCGGGCGAAGGGGAGCUCCUGCUGCUUGCCUUCAGAGUGAGGAUCCUGCGGCUCCUGGACAGGUUGCGUGGGUGCUUGACCUUCCCUUCUACUGAGCAGUGGGACAAGAUCAAGCCCCCAGCAUUCCUGACCACAGAGACCUGGAAGAUCCUGGACCUCUGCACGUGCCCAGGCGUGAGCAAGGAGCUGCGCAGCUUGGUGCAGGCGAUAGUAAACGCUGAGGGCUGAGCAGCUUCACAGUCCCAGCAGCUUUGAGGCUCCUGUGUUCAGUGGUUGUGGUGAGCAACGCCUUUCUGACACCUGCCAUGGACUCUUCUCUGCCCAGCAGGGCAGCCAGAGCCUCCCUGAUUACCU